UUCUAAGCACUGCGAGUUGUUCAUCUCUCGAAAAACCUGGAAUGAACUUUUCCCAUACCUUGACACCCUCGCCAAGCAAACGCAGUUAGGAUCGUCUUCCACACCCACUCCCAGCGCCAUGGAAAUCGAUUCCGCUGAAAAACACAAGGCUCUGAUCUUGUCACUAAUCGGGCUGUGCCCGUCCAGGGACUCUCUCGAUGAAGACAGCAAGAAUGCCAGCGAAGACCCUGUCUUCGACCCUGAACUGGUCAUCGCUCACUGCUUCAAGCAGUUCAAGCAGGAGAACUUCUGCCUGCCCAAGAGCCGCCGGCGGAUCAUCAUCUUGCCUCCGAAGAAGGGCCAGAUGCCCGUCCCUCCCAUGCUCCAGCCCCAGGCUGCCCCACAGCCCACCCCCACAUUCAAAGCCCUGGAAGUGGAGGAUUCCCAAGAACCGCGGGAAGACAUGAGGACCUGGAUGAGCCAGAGGCUGAAGCUUCGGCAGAACCUGGAAUCAUUUGGCGACGCAAAGAAGUGGCUGCAGAACAAGGCCAGCCUGACACCUUCUGAGGCCAAGGUUCUAAACAGGCUCCGCAGGAAGCAGCAGGUCCCGCUGGAGAAGCCCCUGACCGUCAUCCCUUUCACCAAGGCGACCAAGAAGAAAAGUACCCGAUUACUCCACCGAUCCGUCCCCCAGCUCCAGCUGCCCCAGCCCCCAGCCCUGUUCGCCUUCUACUCCUAUGUGCGCAGCCGCAAGGUCAAGAUCAUGGAGCUAUUUCACAAGGUGGUGCGGGCUGAGAAUCAGAUCUCCAGGGAGGAGUUCUUUCUGGCUCUGAAGACGUUUGGAGUCCCUCUGAAAUACCAGGAGGUGGAGGACGUUGUGAUCUAUCUUAGCUCCCUGGGGAAGAAAAACACCAUCACGGCAGAUGUCCUGGAAAGCACCUACAAGAAGUGGUAUCUGGAUGAACAGAAAAGCACCCUGCCAGCUACAAAACGGAAUUAUAGAUCUGCCAAGGUCAAAGCUUUAUGCAGUUCACCCAAGAAGCAGGUUGAUGUAGCCCCGGAGCCUCCCAAGAUGGACCUGCUGACCGUGCCUGUGGUCAACGUGGAGAAAGAGUCUCGGCCACUGACCCUGGAGGAGAUGGAGGAUGUUGGCAAGCGGUACCGGGAGAGGAAGCGGCGGCUCAAGAUGCCCCAGCCCAACAUCGACUACUCGGAGCAGUGCCGCGUGGUGCGCAGCGGCGUCAAGCAGGUGGACGACCACUGCCUGCCGAGCACCAUGAGCGGGGAGAUGGGGGAGCUCAUCAACAUCGCCCGCCGGGACACCUUCCUGGUCUACCUGCAGUGCUGGAGGCUCUGUGAGUCCUACGGCCUCCCGCUGACGGAGGACAUCCUGAUGAAAGCGCUGCUCUACCCCGGAGACAAGAUCAUCCUCCAGCAGGAUGAGGUGCGCCCCAUCCGCCAGCCAGGAGGCUACUAUUUGGACUCCAAGAAGAUCAGCCGCCUGAAAGUGGCCCAGCCCAGGCUGCCGCCCCUCGAGGAAGACGCUAAGAAGCUGGACCAGAGAUCACCAAGGAAAUUCAAGAAGAUACAAUUUAAGGAGUUUGAGGAAUUUGUCAGGAAGAUGCAGAUGAAGAGGCUGGAUGCUACACAGCAAACUCACCCCAAUUUCUUCUGGCCGGGUCACCUCCUGGACAAGUUGCGGCUCUACCUGCCCACUGUGACUACGGAUCGGAGCCUGGCCCUCUUCAGCUGUGUGCAUCGUCAGCCCCCCAUCUAUUCCUACCACUCCAACCACUGGUGGCCCAUUAGGAACAAGAACUACCUGACCUACGCCUAUUACGACGCCUGCAAGGUGUAUCACAUCAACUAGAACGGCCCUGGUGGUGUUGGACCCAGCCAUCCUGGCCCUGGGGCCAGUAUUGCUGGCAACCCAGAGUCAUAAACAUGGACCAGAGAACCAGACACAAGAAAACACUUCAGUGGCGUGGCCUGGGGCCAGCUCUCUCCAGACCAACAGAGUCUCAGAGGGCAGAUGUAAAAUUUUUUAGUGUUUCCCUCUCCUGACGUUGGCCCUUUUGAAAUAAACCAGGUGGGAGUUACGAUUUCACUGAUCACCCAGCUGAUGUGAUUUCUUGAACAGGA